ACGCUUUGCCAUACGCGCGGUGCAUGAUUCUUGUACAAAACGCCCGGGGGAGCCAAUUGAAUCGAGCACAUAUACCACAGGAUUGCAUAGAUCUUGGACGCUGACGCCCGUGCCCAUCUUUCCCCAGAUCCCCCAGACUCGCACGCAAUACAGCCACAUCUUUCUGUUUUCGUCACAUCAUAUAUCAUCCAUAAUGGCAGCACAGCAGCAAGAGAUCAAAGACUCGCGGUUAGAUACCGUGGAGCGCCACGGUUACCUCUUCGGGCACCCCAUCGCACACUCCCUGUCUCCUCUCCUCCACCAAACAAUAUAUGAUGGCAUUGGCCUACCAUGGUCGCAAUUCCCCCUCGACUCCACAGACAUGGAUCUCUUCCUGCGGUUACGUGAAGAUCCCAGAUUCUAUGGCGCCGCAGUAACCAUGCCCCACAAAGUCGCCAUCCUCCCGCACCUCGACGUCCUCACCCCCGAAGCGCGCGCCGUCGGCGCCGUAAACACCCUCUUCCUCCGGCAAGACGCCUCGGGGAAACGCUUGUUCUGCGGCACAAACACCGACGUCGUCGGCAUCCGGGAUUCCUUCUACGCCAACGUCUCUGACCCUGACGCGUCCUUCCACGGCAGACCUGCGCUGGUAGUCGGCGGCGGAGGUGCGGCCCGCAGCGCGGUGUAUGCGCUCAGGACGUGGAUGAAGGCGAGCAAAGUCUAUCUGGUGAACAGGGAUAGGGAGGAGGUCCGCGCCGUCAUCGAGGAAUGCACAGCGCGCGGGUACGGGGAUGACCUAAUCGAUGUGUCCACCGUCGCACAAGCAUCCGCCCUCGAAGGCGUCGGCGCCAUCGUCGCGUGCGUGCCGAACUUCACACCCAAGACGGCCGCCGAGAAGGAAGCGCGGGCAGUCCUAGAAUGCUUUUUGCACAAGGAGCACAAGGGCGCGAUUCUCGAGAUGUGCUAUCAUCCGUCGCCGUGGACGGAAAUUGCGGAGAUUAGUCAGAGGGAGGGGUGGAAGGUUGUGCUCGGGACCGAGGCGAUGAUAUAUCAGGGGCUGGAGCAGGACAAGUACUGGACGGGGAGGGAAGUAGGGGAGAUGCCGGUGCAGAAGGUGAUGGAGGUUAUCGCGGGGAAGUUGAGUGAGGCGAGGCUGUGAAGCCCCCUCAUUGGGAAUAGAAUUCACUUGUAUAUAUUCAGUUGGUUGACGAGAGCGUUCAUACCGCAUUGCAUAUGCGUUGCUUAGGCAAUAGAAGUGUAGAUUAUGCUAU